AUGCUCGCCCACCGCAAGGGAACUGUGACGCUCAUCUGCCCUGUGCUCGUCAGUGGGGGCUUGGACUUAGCACCCGUGCUUACCCCCGCUGCGCCGGUGCAGAAGACAGACGCGCAUGGGGCGGGUGCAGUUGCCAAUCUGCUCAAGACGAGCAAAGCUGCUACUUGGGCUGAGAGCUGGCAUAGACGGUUGCCGUAUACCAGGCGAGGGGAGAUGAGCGUGCUCAGGAAGAGAGGGUGGGUGGUGUGCAGGCGUGAACAAGCGGUGGGGAUCUGGUACCUCAAGACUGUAUCAGAGGGGGAGGAGGGCGGGUGGGAGAAAGUGUUGGAGAUGGAGCUUGCUGGAAAGGGGAAUUUGGUGUGUAUAGCAGUUGGCGAGCCUGGGGAUUCACAACCGGCGUGGUUGGCGGUGAGCGAUGGUGGAGAGGUUAAGCUCUGGCAACUCCUGGGCGAGAAGGAAGACAUACGCCCAAAACGCGUCAAGAGCUUCAUACCCACUGUCGUUGAGCAGCUUGCCGAUUCCGAAGGAACGCUGGGAGCGUCGGCGCUUGCGUUUACACCCUCUGCAUCGCACCUCCUUGUUGCUACUACGCCGUCUUGCCAGCCGGGGUCGACGAUCCUCUUCCUGGAUGUGGCAGACUUGAGCGUAGUCGCAAGGCUCACACCACCAAAAUCGGCAAAUGCCGAAUCAUGGAUAUCCGAAAUUGUCGUCAGUUCAGACGGGCACUAUUGCGCCUCUCUGGACGUAACAGGGCGGAUCAACAUCUGCGACAGCACUCACCUUCCUCCCCACCUCCCCAGCGCUGCUUGUCAUCGUCCUCGCUAA